AACAAAUCCGCACGUCAAGAUGAGUGGCACAUCGAUCGACACGUACCUUAUGUGGGUGGAGGGGAAGGAGACGGCGGGCGACGCGGAGCAACUCGCCGUCGAAGAUCCCGCGACGGGUGAGGUUUUCGCACAAUGCCAUGCUGCAUCAGCUGCGAAUGUCGACCAUGCUGUCAAGACUGCUCACAAAGUCUUCAAGUCUGGCGUCUGGUCCAAAGCCCCGCGCCAUGUGCGGGCGGACACGCUCGACAAGAUCGCUGAACUUCUUACGAGGUACUUACCGCAACUUAUUGAGCUGGAAGUUCGCCAAACUGGUCGUGCGAUCCGUGAGAUGAAUGCGCAAGUUCCGACGCUGGUCAAAUGGUUCAAGUACUACGCCGCCCUUAUCCGCACUGAGGAGCGAUCGGUUUUACCUACCGUUGGAAAGCUGCAUAACUGGAUCGAUCGUAAGCCUCUUGGUGUAGUUGCGCAAAUCACGCCGUUCAACCAUCCCAUGUUGAUCGCGGUCAAGAAGAUUGCGCCUGCGCUGGCUGCAGGGAAUUCCAUUGUGCUGAAGCCCAGCGAGCUAACACCGCUGACGAGCAUUGAGCUGGGAAAGCUGAUGAAAGAGGCGGGCUUACCUGAUGGCGUAUUCAACGUUCUUCCUGGCGAUGGACUAUCAACAGGUAAAGCGCUCGUAGAGCACCCUUUGGUCAAGAAGGUGGAUGUUACUGGGGGCACACCCGCUGGGCGAGCUAUUGGUGCUAUUGCUGGCCAAAACCUUGCACAUUACACCGCUGAGCUGGGUGGAAAAGCACCACUCAUAGUCUUUGAACAAGCUCAUGUUGACCUAGCGGUCAACGGCAUCGUCUUUGCUAGCUUUAUUGCGUCCGGUCAGACCUGUGUCGCAGCGACCCGCAUCAUUGUGCACAAUAGCGUGCUCUCCCAAGUGGUGGAGAAGCUCAAAGUCAAGGCACAAAGCAUAGAGAAGAGAAUCGGCUCACCGAAGAACGCAGAAUCCAUGAUGGGUCCGCUCAUCUCUGCAAAGCAGCUAGGCAACGUGUUGACGCUAGUCAAAGAUGCCAUCGUUCUACAAGUGACCGUUGUUACUGGUGGUCAAAGAAUGAGCGGCACCUCAACCCUAGACGGCACCGAUUUCAGCAAAGGCUACUUUUAUCCUCCCACAAUACUCGCCGACAGCGCAUCCAAGAAGAUCGUAGAGACAAGGAUAUGGAAGGAAGAAGCCUUCGGCCCAGUCAUCGUCGUUGUUGGGUUCGACACCGAAGAAGAAGCUCUAGAGCUCGCGAACGACAGCGAGUUUGGCCUCGGCGCAGCCAUUUGGACACAAGACUUGUCGCAAGCAUUUAGGGUCUCAGAGGCCAUCGAGAGCGGCAUCUGCUGGGUGAACACGCAUCAUCGGAAUGAUCCUAGCUCGCCGUGGGGUGGCAUCAAGAGCUCAGGUGUGGGAAGCGAGAACGGUGUUGAUGCGUACCAAGCAUACACGACGACGAAGAGUACUGUCAUCAAUUAUGCGACUGCUGAGGAGGGAUUAGUGAGCGACGAUUGGUUUAGAGAGGGUACUGGGGAGGUUAGAUAUGGUUGAGGGUGCGGUCCAUCAUAGUUCUUCUAACCAUGUGGUCCUACAUGGCCUAAAUACACUUCAUAGCAUAUUACGAAUCAACGGAAUUUGCUCCUAAAGAGUGCGCCGCGUGUAUCUCGAUCUCUAGCAAGCCUCGCAAUAGAAAAAGAGAAGAUGCCUAAGCCUAUAUGCAGCGAAGACCCAAAGCCAACGUUCAGAUACGCCAACGACAUCGAUUUCACCACGCAGGACGGUACCAAACUGACCGCAGAGGCCUUUUCUUACUGAAUGAUUUUCUUCUCUCUCCUCCG